AUAAAAGAAAAUUUGAUUUUUAUUAUUUCACAUUUUAAAUAUAUUUUGUUGUAAGUGAAGAAACCUAAUUACUUCUUUUGUAAAAUGUCACUGAGUCCGAAAUUUUUCUUUUGUGUUUUUCUGGUGGUGCAAAGCUACAACCCCACUGGGGUACUAUCCAGUGCUAUUGAUGAUGCGAAUGCUGCAUUAAAUGAUUUGAGAGAAAAUGUAAACAAUGGUCUCAAUGAUGCUCUUAAAACCGGAUACACAGUUAUGGCCCAAAAAAUAGAUUCUACGAUCGAAGUUACAAGAACCAACGGUUCUGAAGUAAUUUCCUCAUCAAGUGAUAAUUAUCUUGCACGAUAUGAAGAAAUAAAAAAAUCUGCUGAAGACUCUGGUGUCGAUGUUAGCAAAUGUGUUGAAAUUUUUGAAGCUAAACUUAAGAAUUUGGCGUCAGUUAAUAUAAAGGGAUUGAUAGAUUGUGUUGAUACCCAGACAGAUGCCUCUAUAGACCACAUAGGCUCUAGUAGUUCUAUCUUGUUAGGAAACUUUCUUUCCCGAGUUUUUUCAUUUGAAAAACAAGUUUUAAAGUGUAAAGACGACGCCUGUCUUAGUGCAGUUACUGGAGAAAUUUCCAGAACCAGUGCUGCAAUACUUAGUAAAAUUAAUUACGCUGUUGAAGUUGACGCUAGCAAAAUGCAGUAUUAUCAUUCUAUAAUUACCACUUGCGGAGUCAAAUUCACUUCUGUUGCUGAUGGUCAAGGAAAAUCCUACGUUAAUGGUUUUCAAGAAUGUGUUAAUUCGUUAUUUCAUAUAUAAUUAAACUUUUUAUCAUAAAAUCGUAAUUACUAAAUUAUGCAUAUCAUAAAUUAAAA